CAUCGUCAUGUUGGCGGAGAGUGUCUCCGCUAUCUUGAAAUGCCAGAGAUGUGAUUUGUGACGGUAAUCGUUGAGGUUGAAUGUGUUCAGAAAGGUACAGAAGUGAAAUUUUCUGACGGCGCACUUUGGCCUACUGCGACAGGCUGCGAGCGGGAAAAUCACGCAAUUCCAUCAAACUAUCGCUCUAUUUCAAUGAUUUUUGAAUUUAGCGAAUGCAAUUUAUCUCCGACCACAUGCACGUAGCUGAAGGAUAGAUAUAAUGUCGUCGUGGGACUGGAUGCGCUCCCUAAGUGUGAGAGAUGGUCUGUGGAAACCAGCGUGAUGGAUGGACCGGUCGUUGGGUGCAGUCAGAGGCUAUGAGCAGCAACGAGUGUUUUGGGUGCGGCCGAACAGGCCACUGGAUCAAGAACUGUCCAAAUGCAGGGCGUGGACGUGGCAAGGGCCGCGGCAGGGGAAAAGAUCUUUUCUGCUAUCGUUGUGGAGAACCAGGCCACGUUGCGAGGGAUUGUGAGAGGACUGAGGAUGCUUGCUACAACUGUGGCAGGGGUGGCCACAUUUCCAGGGAUUGCAAGGAACCCAAGAAGGAGAGGGAGCAGGUCUGCUACAACUGUGGCAAAGCCGGCCACAUGGCCCGUGACUGUGACCAUGCCAACGAGCAGAAGUGCUACUCCUGUGGUGGCUUUGGACACAUUCAGAAAGGCUGUGAGAAAGUCAAGUGCUACAGGUGCGGCGAGAUCGGCCAUGUUGCUGUACAGUGCAGCAAGGCGAGCGAGGUCAACUGCUACAACUGCGGAAAAUCUGGCCAUGUGGCGAAAGAAUGCACCAUCGAGGCCACCGCUUAAUCCUGUUUCCUUGCUCGCCCCUCCUUUUUCUGAUUGAUGGUUGUAUUAUUUUCUCUGAAUCCUCUUCACUGGCCAAUGGUUGGCAGAUAGAGGCUAUUCCCAGGCCAGUGAGCUCUUGACAUGAAAAAGGAGGAAA